AUGAGGAGGGAGGGUUUCGGCGUGGCGCGGGUGGGGGGAGGGGGUUUGGGCUGCGUCGGCGUGGGAGAUGGGGGACGGGCGCGGCAACAGCGGUGGCUGCAGCAGUACGAGCUGGUGGGGAAGAUCGGGGAGGGGACGUACGGGCUGGUGUUCCUGGCGCGCACCAAGCAGCACCGCAAGUCCUCCAUCGCCAUCAAGAAGUUCAAGCAGUCCAAGGAGGGCGACGGCGUCUCCCCCACCGCCAUCCGCGAGAUCAUGCUCCUGAGGGAGAUCUCGCACGAGAACGUCGUCAAGCUCGUCAACGUCCACAUCAACCACGCCGACAUGUCCCUCUACCUCGCCUUCGACUACGCCGAGCACGACCUCUAUGAGAUUAUAAGACAUCACAGGGAGAAGCUCAACCUUAGCAUCAAUCCUUACACCGUGAAGUCGUUGCUCUGGCAGCUGCUCAACGGGCUCAACUAUCUCCACAGCAAUUGGAUUAUUCAUCGUGAUCUUAAGCCAUCUAAUAUUCUGGUCAUGGGCGAGGGAGAGGAGCAUGGAGUCGUGAAGAUUGCUGAUUUCGGACUUGCCAGAAUAUACCAAGCUCCGCUGAAAACUUUGUAUGAAAAUGGGGUUGUGGUAACUAUCUGGUAUCGCGCUCCUGAGCUGCUGCUUGGUGCCAAACAUUACACAACUGCAGUGGAUAUGUGGGCGGUUGGAUGCAUUUUUGCCGAGUUGCUUACUUUGAAACCAUUGUUCCAAGGGGUGGAAGUCAAAGCUACUCCCAAUCCAUUUCAACUUGAUCAAUUGGACAAGAUAUUCAAGGUUUUAGGGCACCCAACAACUGAGAAGUGGCCGACCUUGGUUCAUCUUCCUCAUUGGGCAAAUGACCAACAACAUAUUCAGGGGCAUAAAUAUGAGAACACUGGUCUCCACACUUUUGUUCAUCUGGCUCCGAAGAGUCCUGCAUUCGAUCUCCUGUCAAAGAUGCUUGAAUAUGAUCCGCGAAAGCGAAUAACUGCAGCACAAGCUCUGGAGCAUGAGUAUUUCCGGAUGGAUCCACUUCCAGGGCGCAACGCACUUGUGCCAUCCCAGCCAGGAGAAAAAAUCGUAAAUUAUCCUGGCCGUCCGGUUGACACCACUACAGAUUUUGAAGGAACGACUAGCAUCCAACCUCCUCAACCGCCAUCUGGAAAUGCUCCUCCUGGCAGUGUAUCUGCUCAAUCAGUGGCGGCCUCGAGGGCCGUCGCGAGGCAGAUGCCAGCUAUGGUUGGAGGUCAGAGGAUCCCUGCCGCCAGCAUGGCCGCUUUUAAUGCUGCCGCCCAACCUGGCAUGGUGGGUCUAAACCCUGCUAAUAUUCCCAUGCCGAGGGGUGCGGCCGCUCAACAGCAGUUGAGACGAAAAGACCCUGGAGUAAUGCAAAACCCAGGAUACCCCCAGCAGAAGAGACGGUUUUGACGAGGCUAAGCCCGAUCUUCUAAUGUGUAAUUUUGGAACCAUGUGCAUAUCCUGUAAUCCCAAUAUAAUUGUAAUCUUAAUACUCUUAUGAUCAAUUGUGUCCAAACUACCUGAUGCAAGUUGUGUAGUAGGAAAGAGUUACUCGCGCUAGCCCUAUAGCUCCUUCAGAAGAGAAUGCAGGUUCGUCAAUUUUGAUAGUUAAUAUUAGCGCUCCCAUUUUUUAA